AUGAAAAAUCAUGGGGGUGUGCAUGAGUGGGACUUAACGAAAGCGCAAGCGCGCGGAGCCGUUCGAUUGUUCAACAUAGCAUCGAUUAUCUACGGGCCAGCCAUCGGCUGCACGAAAGUCUCAAUUCUGCUUCUGUAUCGCAGGACAUUCUCACCUCAGAAGAAUAGUCACUUUGAUCGAGCCAUCCGGCUUUUCAUCGUGAUUUUAUCCCUUUUCUAUGUCGCAAUCACUAUUGCCAAGAUUUUUGAGUGUACGCCACGGGCAAGGAUAUGGGACAAGAGAAGGCCGGGAACGUGUGUCAGUAUUUCCAACCUACUCAAUGCCAGCGGAGCCUUCAACACCCUGACGGACAUACUUUUAUUGUUGAUCCCUGUCAAAGUCUCCUGGACCCUCAAUACGAGUGUGAAGAGAAAGGUGGGAGUGGUUCUGCUCUUUACCUUUGGCUUUCUGGCCCCUGCAUUUAGCAUAGUAGGCUUGGUCGUCCGCAUCAGGACGAGCAAAAGUCCAGAUGUAACAUACAAUCAACCCGAGAUUCUUCUGUGGGGAGCAGCAGAGAUCACAACUGGUCUGAUCUGCGUUUGCAUACCCCCACUUGCAGCUUUGAUACACCCUCGCCACAACCGCAGGCAGAGCACGUACAUCAACGUCCACUCCAGCGACGGCAGGCUAAAGGACAGCUCUCGUCGAACGCGACCGGUGAUUUGGGAAGAACGUGAUCUCCUCGCAAGCAGCGACGUAGAGCUCCAGUACAGCGGCACUGUGUCGGGUGUUGCAUUUCCACCUCCUCUCGUCACCACCGGUAUUUCAGGUGGACGCGACGCACACGAGCGAAGAGACGAGAAUUGCAGGCUUGAUAAUGUUGGACCGGAGAUUCCCUGUGAGAAGGCGGUCGAUGCGCCUCGAGAAGCAUAUGCGAUAGGUGUCACGACAACAGUCGAGCAGUUCUAUCGGUGA